AUGUGCAGCUGUGUCCUUGAACGAUCCUGUCGGUCAACUAGUAUAUAUUGGUCCCAAGUCCUCGGCAGAUCAGUUCUCUCCGAAACAACAGCUACCACCAUGAACACUAAGUUUCAGGUCGUUAUCCUCCUGGGCCUGGCUGCCAUCGCUGCGGCUGACAGCAGGGAAUCCUAUGAAUAUCUGCCUACAAGGCUUUCCUCUGAGGAAUCUGCUGAGUCAUACGAGUCCUCCGAGGCCAAGUACAGCUUCAACUGGGCCGUGAGCGAUGACUCUUCAAGCAACGAGUUCGGACACCAGGAGGCCCGUGACGGCGACAAUACACAGGGAUCCUACUACGUACAGCUUCCCGACGGCCGCCUGCAGACCGUCAAGUACUUCGUGGACGGCGACUCUGGCUACGUGGCCGAAGUCAGCUAUGAGGGUGAAGCCACUUAUCCCGAGUCCCACGAGUCCUUUGAGGCUGAUUCCGCUGAGUCAGUUGAGUCCCGCGAAUACAGACCACCCAGGCCUCAGUACGCGUAUGACUCCAACGAGUCAAAGUAAAUGUCUUGUCUGACCGGCUAUUCAGUGUUCUCUAUUUAUCUAGAUUAUUUAUGACUGAAUCCUGAUAAUAAUUUAGGCUUGUAAUUUCAUUGUUCUUGAGAAUUAUUGUUAAGAUGGUUAUUAUCGAAUAGUUGACUGAUCUAAUUGUGAAAAUUAGACUCAUAAAUGUAUUUGUUUCUGACCAAUUUAUUAUUAUACUGUAUUUAUUUACUCAAUAAAGAGUCAGAUGAGACAGAA